GGUGGACAUUAUCAAACGGUCGUGAAUAGCGAGUCUCGGCAUUGGAGAGCAGUUUGCUUCAAACCUCCAUGAUCACCUGCAAAGCUUCUAUUAACUUUCUAUUAGAAACUCCUCUGUGCAACAGCAAGAACAGCUACAGUUAUGUAAAUGGAGUUGUUGCUUCUCAUUGUCUGUCCCAAAAAUGUGUAAUACGUUGUCGUUCCUCCUCAAUUGAGGAUUGUCACUCGAGAAGUACGAGUAACCGCCAUGAUUAUCAUGAGAGUAAUACUAAAAGGAGGAGGAAGCAGCAGCUCCUCAAGACCGAAGAAAAAAAGGGAGAAAGAAAGGUUAAUUGCGAGGUGGAAGUGAUAUCUUGGCGGGAACGAAGAAUUAAAGGCCAAAUAACUGUUAAUGCGGAUAUUCAAUCCGUGUGGAAUGCUCUUACCGAUUACGAGCGGCUCGCUGAUUUUAUUCCCAAUCUCAUAUCCAGUGGGAUAAUUCCUUGCCCCCACCCUGGGCGGAUAUGGUUGGAGCAAAGAGGCUUGCAAAGGGCACUCUAUUGGCAUAUUGAAGCUCGUGUUGUGUUGGAUCUACAAGAAUUUCCCAUUUCAGCUAAUAAUCACGAACUGCACUUUUCGAUGGUUGAUGGGGACUUUAAGAAGUUUGAUGGCAAAUGGUCAUUAACAUCAGGGACAAGGCCUGGAACGACACUAUUAUCAUAUGAAGUUAAUGUGAUUCCAAGGUUCAACUUUCCAGCUAUUUUCUUGGAGAGGAUUAUUGGGUCAGAUCUUCCUGUGAAUCUACAAGCAUUGGCUUGUCGAGCUGAGAGGGAAUUUCAAGGAAAUUUAAAAUUGACAAUUGCAGAAAAUGGAAGAUCAAUGUACAUAUUUACUUCUCCUGGCACAGAUAUAGAUGGUGCUUCUUGUGAGAAGGAUAGAUUGUUAACUCCAGAUUUAAAAGAGAGUUAUCUCAGCUCAAAUGUUGGUCACAUGGCAUCAUCUUCAAGUGAGUUAAAUGCUAAUUGGGGUGUGUUUGGAAAAGUUUGCAGACUUGAUAGGCCUUGCAUGGUUGAUGAAGUUCAUCUACGCAGAUUUGAUGGCCUAUUGGAAAAUGGAGGGGUUCAUCGCUGUGUUGUUGCUAGCAUAACUGUAAAAGCUCCCGUUCGUGAAGUCUGGAAAGUUUUGACUACUUAUGAGAGUCUUCCUGAGAUAGUUCCAAACCUGGCUAUUAGUAAGAUUUUAUCACGAGAAAACAACAAAGUUCGCAUACUUCAGGAAGGAUGCAAGGGUCUACUGUACAUGGUACUUCAUGCACGUGUUGUUCUAGAUUUAUGUGAACAUCUUCAACAGGAGAUCAGUUUUGAGCAAGUAGAAGGAGACUUUGACUCCUUCCAGGGAAAGUGGCUUCUAGAGCAAUUAGGAAGUCAUCACACAUUACUGAAAUAUAGUGUUGAGUCAAAAAUGCACAAAGAUUUGAUUCUUUCAGAAGCUAUUAUGGAGGAGGUUAUAUAUGAAGAUCUCCCAUCAAAUUUAUGUGCAAUUCGAGAUUAUAUCGAGCAACAGGAAGCCGCAAAUUCAAUGGAAAUUCAUGAGCUCAAACAAUAUUCCCAGAAAAUUGAAUCAACUCAUGGUGACGGAGACACCAAGUAUAGGAGGGCAACUGAGAGAGUCAUUGUUUCGAAUAAUCCAGAUUCACUUAGACAGAGACCAAGAGUUCCUGGCUUGCAGAAGGACAUUGAGAUUCUCAAGUCUGAGCUCCUGAAAUUCAUAUCAGAACAUGGGCAGGAAGGAUUUAUGCCUAUGAGAAAGCAACUCCGUAAGCAUGGUAGGGUGGAUAUUGAAAAGGCUAUAACACGCAUGGGUGGGUUUAGAAAAAUUGCAUCAUUGAUGAAUCUUUCUCUUGCAUACAAGCGCCGAAAACCGAAAGGAUACUGGGACAAUCUUGAGAAUUUGCAGGAAGAGAUUAGUCGAUUUCAGCGGAACUGGGGAAUGGAUCCUUCAUAUAUGCCAAGCAGAAAAUCUUUUGAGCGUGCUGGGCGAUAUGACAUUGCGCGAGCAUUAGAGAAAUGGGGUGGACUUCAUGAAGUUUCUCGUCUUCUAUCAAUAAAGGUGAGGCACCCUAAUCGGCAGGCAAAUGUUACCAAGGAUAAGAAGCUUAGUGUGCAAGGGGAAGAAACCAGUCCUUCCAAAACUUCUGUACCACAAGAUACGCAAAAAUGGAUUGAGAAAUUGAAUGAUUUAGACAUUAACUGGGUUGAAUGAGAAUGUUAAGUAGUUGCCUUCCAUAAUCUCUCUCUCUCUCUCUCUCCCCUUGUUUGGUACAAAAGAAUUUUGAUUUAUAGAAUUUAUUUUUAAAGAUA